AUGGCUGGUGAGGUUUUUACUAACACUGGGAUGAAAGCAGGGAUUUCAUCCGUUUUAUGGAAACGGCAUAAAUUAACUAAGGGGUUGAUUAAGUAUAAAGAUGAUGAAAUCACUCGAGAAGAAAGUGAAGAAUUUUUGAAUUGGACAGCCCAGAUGUUCACACAAACGUUAGAACAAGCCCCUUAUCGAUGGGAUACUUUUUCUAUUGAACAAACAACGGAAAUUUGCACCUUUUUCCCUGAUCAUCUCAUUAAUUUGAUUUGCAAUAACAAACCUUACACUUCUUUUGCAGGAUAUGUAAUAUUUGCUGAUGUCUCAGGGUUCACGGCUCUUUGUGAGAAAUAUGCUACUUUAGGCCAUUCUGGAGCUUAUCAUUUAACUGUUACAUUAAACAAUUAUAUUGGAAAGAUGGUUAGUUUAAUUUAUUCCCAUGGUGGAGAUCUUAUAAAGUUUGCAGGUGAUGCAUUUUUGGCCGUGUGGGAAUUUAACUAUUCUGAGGAAAUAUUUUUUGGCAUGCAUAAUAUUCUCAGAUGUGCCAUGGAAAUUCAAAAUUCUUUGGGUCAUUAUCAAACAGAUGUAGGAGUUCUCUUGAGAGUGAAGCUAUCAAUAUCAUUGGGAUCAUUUCUCUUUGCUACAAUUGGAUCGAAACAGAAUGCCAACUAUAUACUUUAUGGUUUGCCUAUCUUAGAAGUAAAAGCAGGUGAAAAACUUUGCUCAUCUGGUGACACUGUUUUGUCUCCAGCAGCAUGGUCUCUAUUGAACCCAAUGAACUAUGUUUAUGAAGUUGUUAAAUCAGAUUAUGUAAAGGUGAGAAAGAUAUUAUAUGACCCUAUGAAGCUUCGACUACCUGCAAAACCAACAAAAAGAAAUAGGAUUCCUUUACUUUUAAAUCCUUGGAAACUCAAAGAAAGAUACAUUGAGAUUCUUAAGGAAGAAAUGGAUAAUCGUGGAACUAUGAGGCCUAAUAUUUUGAAUUCGGAGCUAAAAGAACAUGCAGAUGUUCUGAGGCGCUUUGUUAUAACUCCAGUAGUGCAUCAGAUUCAAAAAGGUUGUUCUGUAGAAUAUUUGAUUGAAAUGAGACAAGUGACUAUAUUGUUCCUUAACAUUGUGCCCAAAGAUUUAACUGUUACAAAAAUGACUCUGCUAGCGAAUGAGGUUCACAGAACCGUUACAAAGAUAAUUGAAAGAAAGCUCGGAUUGAUAAAUAAAAUAUGUUUGUUUGAUAAAGAUAUGAUGCUUUUAAUAUUAUUUGGACUAAAAGGUUACAAAGGAAAAGAUGAAGCUUUGAGAACACUCCAGUGUGGUGCUACCAUAAUUGAUCUUGUAUCAAAAUUCUUAAAUGUCAAAUCAGUAUCUGUUGGUGUCACUGUUGGAACUACUUACUGCGGAGUGGUGGGUCAUCCACAAAGAAGAGAAUAUACUGUUAUAGGAGGUGCAGUAAACAGAGCUGCUCGUCUGAUGGUCGCCUUCAAAAAUGUUGUUUCCUGUGAUCUGUCUGUUGUCUUUAAUUCGAGAUUACCAAUAGGAUAUUUUCAAAAAACUAAACCAGUUUAUUUGAAAGGUAUAGGAAUUGUUGGUAACAUCUUCAUUUACCUGGGACCAGGUGGAAAUAUUAUUAAGUCACCCCUUCUUGGAAGAUACAAUAUUGUAUGUAAAUUUGUUGAUAUGAUGGCAAAAACAAUUCCUUAUCAGUGUUUAAUUUUGAGAGGGGAUCCUAGAAUAGGUAAAUCACGUAUUUUACAAGAAUUUAUGGAUAUUUCUGAGCAAUGGGGAUGGAAUUCUUUAAUGAUCGCUGUUAACCAAAUGAACACUACUGAUAUCUGUUUGGUGAAUAAACUUAUUUCAUCUUUUAUAGGUAAGACUAUUAAGGAUAGAAUGAGAGUCUUACUAAAUGCAGCUUCAGAAGACGAGCUUGACCAUCUUCACUUGCUAAAUAAACUUUUUGAUGUGAAAUUCUCAGUUCCUCAUGACUAUGAUAAGAUAUUGCAUUGUGAAGAUGAACAGGAGUUAUAUAAAAGAAUGCUAAGGAAGCUUUUUAUUCAUUCUGUGAUUGUGAUUGAUGAUGCGGAAGAUUUGGAUUCUGAAUCAUGGAAAGCUCUUUGCAUGUUAAUCCGAAUUCCUGAAAUCAUUGUGGUGUUUGCUAUACCAACCUCUUAUGAAUUACAAGAUAGCUAUGCAAAACAGCUUAUUUCUGAUCCUUUAUCAUUAACAAUGAACAUUGAAUGCCUUCCUGUAAAGUUUAUAGGACCACUAAUAUGUCAGAUGUUAUCAGCUGAUGCAGUGCCAUACAAGCUAAUAAGAUUGCUUGAAAAAAUAUCUCAUGGAAAUGCUGGUUGGAUUCAGACAUUUUUGUUGUCAUAUGUUGAUUCAGGAACUAUCAUUGUCAUGACAGAGCCUUGUUCCAAAGUAAAUCAAGAUAUUUACAUGAUCCCUGAUCCAUCACUUAUAAGGAAUGAGUUUCCUAAUCCCUUCAGACAUAAACAUUUGACAAAAGAUUUGCAAGUAUGCCAAUUAAUGGAUAAGUCUGUUGAUGUUAAUGAAAUUCCUCCAACUUUUGAUGAUGUUAUUAUGGCUACUUUCGACAAGCUCACUCCUUUUGAACAAUUAUUACUUAAAUGUGGAGCUGUUCUAGGAAAAGAGUUUAAAAGAUAUGCUUUAGUUUAUAUGAUGGAAUUUCCUUCUGAAUCUGCAGUAUGUGAAGCUGUAGAAGUUUUGUUCAAAAUGGACAUUCUUGGAUGUGCCAAUGUUAUGCAUAAACAGGAGUUUAAUGAGAAUAUUUUAUCCAGAUCAUUACCAGUUGCUGAGUGUCAUUGUGACACAAUAUCUCUUUCAAGACUGUCGUUUCCCAAAUAUGCAUUCUGUGAAUUUAUAAGCUUUAAAUUCUCAAUUCUGGCUUCCACCAUUUAUCAAACAAUCCCUGUAAAUCAGCGGAUUCAGUUUCAUACCAGAGCUCUGUACUCUAUAAAAGAACAAGUCAUGAAAUGCAAUGAAUGUAUUCAUCAGGAAAUACUAAUAAGCAUAGAAAAUAAAAUGGAUCAAUCAAACAAUGAGAUUAAUGGAUCUGGAUCUGACAAUAUGGCUGCUAUUAAAGUUACAUUAGAACAAUUGCGCCGAGCUGAACCCUAUAAAGAAUUUACAAAGAAAAAGGACUUAGCAAUGAGAAGAACAGCUAUUGUUUCAGUAGAUAAUAAAAAAUCUAAAAAUAAAAUCAAUUUAGGUAGACGACAUGGUGUUCCUGACGCACAGUUUAAAUUGGAUUUAAAUGCUUUGAAACAAAUGGCAGAAAGAAGACAAGAAUCUAUAAGUGUUAAUGUUCGAAGAGUAAUUCGUCAAGGUAGUAGCCGCAGUUUUCUAAAGGAUCUCUUUAAUCCCACUAUUGAGGAAGAAAAUGAAGAUACUUUCCAGAUGUAUAUAGGAGACAUAUUGAAUAUUGUACGGCUUUCAGACAGGUUACGAACUAGUCCUGUAAAAACCAAAAGAUAUCUAAAAGAUAUUCAAUAUAUAAAGCCUAAAGUUAACUGCAAUUGUUAUAAUGUGGGAAUAGAUGUUUAUCGAAAAUUGAUUUUUCAUUCACGAUCAGCAGAGCUCAAAAUAACAGAACUUAAAUAUUUAGUCGAAUGUGCGAUACACCAUGCUAAAUAUUCUCAAUUUCAAUCUGCUUUAAAACUUCUUUUGGAAGCAAGAAAGUUAUAUCAAUCAUGCAUGUCCCUAUUGCUAAAAUCAAAAGCUGGUACUAAAUUAGCUGAAGGAAAUGACACUUUGACAAUGAACGAUUUACAGUUUGAGAAGAAAAAGAUUCAUUGCUAUUUAGGAAAAUGUUAUCUUAAUCUUGGGGACCUUCCAAAAUGUUCACAAGAGUUGAAUGAAGUUGCCUCUGAAAGUUACUUGUUUGGUAUUGAGGCAUUAGUAAAUAGAAUUGUUUUGAGAUCGACAGUGUUUAAAAGAAAGUUUGUUGAAAAAAAGAGAACACAAAUAGCUUUGUCAUCUUUUGUAUAUACUGUUCUUUCAGAUCUCUAUUUAAUGAUGUUUUUAUUCCGAGAAGCAGCAUAUACUGCCAGAAUUGCUAUUCGUUAUGCACUAACACUUAAGAAACUUCAAUUUAUGGCUAGUGCAUAUGCAGCUUGUAUUGAUGCAGAUUUAAUGAUUGGAAAAUUAGAAUCGUCAAAAAAAACUGAAAAAGAAGCUCUAACUGUUUGUUUGGAAGUAUAUUCAGAAAAAUCUAGUUGGGAUUUACUGUCUUUGGGAAAAGUAUAUUUGGCUAUUUUUAAAGGGAGGAUUUCCAGAGGAGAGAUGGUUAAAGCAAUUGAAAUAGGCGAGGCCCUCCUUAAUAUAGCUGAGAGUUUUAAAGCACUAGAUGUUUUGGCAUAUGUUUAUCCUGCUAUGCUGUUAAUUUUGGGAAAUCUUCAUAAGUUAGAAAAAGUUAAGGAACUUCUUCUAAAAUUAAAAGUGACCAUAGGUGAUGUGCAGUCUGAAAAUGAUUUGAGAGAGCACCUUCAUAUAAGAAUGAAUAUGUACUUACUUGUUGAAGUUGGGUACUGUAUGAUACCACCAAAUCUGUUAAUAAAUCAAAUAAAAAAAUCUAUUAAUCCAAACUUGAUUCCUGUUGACAGAAUCAUAUGCCGUAGAGUUGCUAUUUACAUGUGUGUAUGGUAUCUUAGAAGGAAAGAUAUUGUUAAUGCAAAAAUGUGGCAGGUUGGCCCAUAUGAUAAUGUUGAUCUUUGUCAUGAAAAUAUUCCAAGUACACUUAUGAUGUUGCAAGGAAAAUUAAUGUAUAUGUCAUAUAUCAUCCAAGCUGGAGUAACAGUCAGUCCAUCGUUACUUGAUGAAGUGAGAAAGAGAAUUAAAAAAUUGGAACGGAUUUGCAAGGAACGAAUACCAAUUUUCUUGGCUAGGAUUUACCAUCUAAAGGCAUAUAAGCAAAUUCUGUUUGCUACAGUCUUUAACAAAUUUACUAUAGGAAUUAUACCUGGUUUAAGCGAAAUAAAUUUGGCUUUGAAAUAUGCCAAACGAUGUGGAGACAGCCAUCAAAUCACUUGGAUUGGUCAUUCAUUGAAUUUACAUAACAGAUAUACCGUCUUCAAUACUGCUCCAGUCAGGUUCACCAAGAUAAAGAACUGGUAUUCUCUUCGAUUUAUUAAAUUAGCAGGUGAAGUUUAUCGUAAAAAUCACUACAACUAUCAAGUAGUUGAAAGGGAUAGUAUAGUUAAAUAUGAACAUGAUGAUAUAUUAUAUGACCUGCCUUUGCCACGCAAAACAAAACGAAGACUUAGGAAUAUAAUAUUAUUGACAGACUACAAUUAUGGAUCUUUGUAUCGUCGGAUAUGGAGAAUAAUAUGUGACAUUUUUCACAGGAAUCAAACUCGUCCUACUAUUGGGGAACAAAUUUAA